GUAGACGUUCUCCAGUAACGAUGGGGAGGAUGUGUUCGGCCUGAGAGCUGCCCAGUUCGGUUUGAAACGCGAUUCCCGCAGCUAAAUCGUGACAGUAGUGACUAUGGCGGGUAUACGGAGAGUGAAAGGGAAAUACCCGGGGAUGAACCCGGCUGUCAGCUGUUCCCGUCUGCGACACGUGCAGAAUUUGCUCCGCAGUGGCGUCAGUGCCACUCCCGAUGGGAUCCUCUGUUCCCUUGGAAUUGACAGUAGAUAUAAUGAAGGCUGUACUGAGCUGGCCAAAUACCUAUUUUAUGGACUAUACGGAAACAACCAGUUGAGUCUGGAACAUGUCCAGGAGGGGUUUCCUGAAGAGGUUUUGGAUGAUAUGAUCCUCCUCAUCAAGGCAGAGUGUGUUCACCUUUAUUGCAACCCAGUGAACUACAGUUACCUGCUGCCUUAUGUGUCCCACUGGAGGAAUCUGCAUCUCUACUGCAUGACUGAGACAGAGUAUGAAGAUGAAGAGGCUGCUGAGGAGUUCAAGAUCUCCAGUUUUGUCACCAUGGUGCAGGACUGCACUCGUAUAGGAGUGCCUUACAGCUCUCAGGGGCACAUGCAGAAGUUUGACAUGUUUAUGGUGGAAAAAUGGCCCAUAAUUCAAGCAUUUGCCUUGGAAGGGAUUGGCGGUGGAAGUUUCUUCACGAUGAAAUACAAGCUAAUGGAUAUGAGUGAGAGGCUGUGGCAGGUCUACACCAGGCUGGACCCAGUGUCUUUGGAUGGCCUCCUCACAGAGGACCUGGUUAACUUUGAGAAACAAUGGAGCAGCUUCUACUCCAGUAUGGACCUGGAGAAUCACCUUUCCAUCCUGGAACUAUCGGAGGCACAGGCAGGAGAGGCAUUUCGUACUUAUUACUCACACGGCCUGAUGUCAAGCAACAUCACAGAGAAAAGUAAAAGCCGUCAGCCCUUUGUGUUGUUUGGAAGCCAUUCCUCCAUGGAAAAUCUGGAGAGCUACUCCUUUAACUUUCCAUCUGAGAGUCACCAGAUUCGCAGCACAGGACCCCAAGGCUCCACUGCCCGACACAUGAUUCUGCAGUGUGUAGCUCCUAAGGGACCUCUCGCCUGCUCCCGGACCUAUUUCUUUGGGACCACCCACACCCCAUACCUUGGGAAUCACAAUAUUAUGCAAAUGCAAACAGAACUCCUGACUUUGUCACAGAUAUAUUCAGCUUCUGUCCGAGCAGUCCUUUCUGGAAUCAAGUGCUACUCCUCUACCUCCAGUGCUGCCAAGGCCAAGGAGGUAGCAGAACAGAGCUUUCUCAUGACUCUGGACUCCAUGAACUUAAGUCAAUACCGCACAGCUCUCAGAUCCAAAGUUGAAUUCAUCAUUCAAGCUGUGAACAAUGAAGGAAGGGUCAUGCCUCUUAGUGAUGAAGGAAGCCGUUAUGUCGUGAAAACUGCCUCCAUGACUGUGUAUGACAUUCCAGAUCUGCAGUGCGGCAGAGGGGACUUGGGCUCUGUAGUUUUCUCUGAAUCCUUCCUGGAAUCCAGCAUCAACAUUCAGCAGAAAGAUGGCAGUGUGUCCUCAGACAGCUGCUACACCAUCUUGACUACAACUGUACCUCGCUACGCCUGCUGGUUGAUGGAGUCCGAUGUGAAGCAGUCUGAGCAAGCCCAAGUCCUAAUGAAGAAAGAGGAGGGCACCUGUCUGGGAGCUGCUCUGACCAUAGCAGACAUUGCAUACAUUUACUCCAACAGCCAGCUGUCCACACCCGAGGAAGGUAAAAUCAGCUUCUUCGCUGAGGGACUCCUCUUCAUUCAUCCUCAAUAUGGAAGCAUCACACUUUCCAAGGACCAAAUCACCUCCAUCAAGUUCUAUGAUGCAGAUUCUGGUGCCGUGGCAUCUUUGUUUGUGGAAUAUGAGCCCAACAUGCUCCCCCACCUCCCUUUCCCUCUCCACAGCCCUGACCGGUGUCUGGUCAUUGCUCUCCAACCCAAGUCUAAGAGCCACAAGGCCUUCUACUCCAAGGUGCUGUCUGUAUGGAAAAGCUCCGAUUCUGGACUUGCGCUGCAGCUGGUAGACCAGGAACACCUUACCUGGGACCAGAGGAACAUGCACUCCAGACUCCAGAAAUUGCAUGAUAGUCAGGAGCCACCUGUGGCCAAACGCAGAGGCAGCCUGAGGACAUCAUAUUCCCAGCUACCAGAGCAGGACAUGUUCCUUCAACACUUGGCCCUAAGCAGUGUGGGUGAGGAGCCAAUUCUGAAUUAUCACCUGGGGGCAUUCUUCCCCUCUGCAGAGUUGAAGAACCCACUCACCAUCAAGGGAGAUAAAGUUACAAUAACCAUCAUCACUGGACUCCCAGGAAGCCACAAGAAUGGGCUCUGUAACUUUCUGGUCCAGUUGAACAAGGAAGGUGGAAGGUGGGUGGUGUACCAGCCUGGCCUUGACAGCUGUAACGGCUUCUCGGCCUCCCACCUUCAGAGCUACCUGUCCAACUUCCUAGAGAGCCAGAGAGGCCUAGCGGGCAAGCCUCGCCUCCUUCUGCUCACUCCUGGGUACACGGAUGUGUUGGAUGUGGUCCAAGCAGUGCUGUUUCACCCUGACCCUGUUGUUCAGGCCUGUUUUAGCAUUGGGGCUGUCACUGCUUGUGUGGACCCCUUCACUUCCUGUAUGGAACACAGGUUUGCCUUUCCCAAGCUGGUAGAGCAGUGCAACCAAGGUGUUGUGACUACAGUGGUGUUCACCGGGCUGACAGCUGAGCAGAAGCACCCUCUCAUGCAGCAUGUUCAGCAGCUGGUACGCUCUGCCAACCCCACUGCAGCCUUCAUACUGGCAGAGAGAGGAGCUGUCACCAGGGAUGAAGAUGUAAAGCUCAUCUUAUCUGACUGUAGCUUCAACGAACUGCAGAUGCUGAGAACACGCUACCUUCUCUACCCUGGCUGGUGCAAGGGGCGCUUCUUCUCUGGAUGCGGGUCUCUCAUCCUCACCCAGCAGUGCGUGGUGUUCCACAGGUCCCUAGAGAGGCCCCUGUUUGUCACCCGCUGCAAAGCCCUCAAGUCAUCACUAAGGCCAAAUCCUUUCAGUGGAAAUGUGUACAAUAUAUGGGGAAAAGUCAGGUUUUCUGGAUGUGAGCAGACAAUGGAGGUGAGCUACAAUGCAGUGAGUGGGAAUCUAAGCAUCAUGCCAGAUAAGGGCACAAACUUCCAAUCCCAGGCCCACCAGGACCCCACCGUCCCCUAUUACCUGGUUUUUGAUGGUGUGGGACUCACCCAGGAAGGAAUGAAAGACUGGCUGAGACUUUGUGCCAAGCAGAGGGAGACAAAGAAGGCCAAGAAGACUAAGAACACCCUUUCACCAGAGGAAAUUAAGAAAAUACAUGUAAGCAGGUGUUUUGAUCGGCUGCCGCCAGGCUACUUCUACAAUGGCAACCAGUACAUUGACAUCUUCGGAGAGAAAAGGAACUUCCAUCCUUACAUGGACGAGUUCAUGACGGAGUACAUUGCUGAGGCCAAUAGAGAGAUUGAGCUGUAUAACCAUCAGCUGGAGCUGCAGGGCCACCCUGACCUGUUUGAUCCCUAAGUUAGCUUCCAGCGGUAUGUCUUCUUCACCCAUAUGUCUGCCUAAACGCAAGAACCAUCGGGAGGGAUGGGGGGUAAAUUAAUGUACACGCUGUCAGUAUGGGCACUGUAACAGUGUGUUCAUAUUACACGUGACUAGGCCCAUUCAGUGUUUCAUGAUUACAGAAAUAUAGCUAUGUGUUAAUUAUUUUCCUAUUCAGCAGCAUGGAAAAUUGACUGCCGCUGACAUUAUUGGGUGCUGUCAUCCAUCAGAUACCAGUCACAUACUAACGUUCCUGUGUGGUGUUCUUGCUGCAACAUCGUUACACCGCAUCUAGAAACUAGCUAGGUCAACUAUCAUCAGAAACAAGCACAGCGAUUCUGUUGCUAGCAAUGUGAUAACAGCUUGACAUGAAACAUGAUCAUACAAAACGAGAGCUCGUCACCUGACUACCACUGAAACGAAGCCAAAACAUAAUCCAAACUCAAGUCUCUGACUUUUUAAACCGGUGUGAUCCGGCUGCAGAAUCUCUGAGCUGCAAGAAUCACGCACUCGAAGGGAAUUUCCCGCCACACUCCCACAGCGUGUGCAUCUGUUUUUCUCAAGCGGCCAAUUUAAUGCCUCUAUUUCUGGACAAGCGUGGGGAGCCGUGUGAUUCUGGUGGGCUCCCUGGUGGGGUUUCUCAAGAAUCACUCCUGCUCUGUUGUUACCCAAUCCGCGGCCCACCUGUUAGCUGGUCUGCAUGCUACACUGCGGCAGGGCCAGCGUUUGGCCAUGGAGCUGUAAACACUGGACAGUCUGUUGGCCUCUGCUGCCUGAUGAAUGAUGCUAUCAAUCACAUAGCUAAAGAUCCUCCCGGCUUUUUAUUUUAAGACUCUAGAAUGAAUCUAAAGACAGCUCAACAAAGUAGAAUUUCCUUCCAACUGGAGAAGCACUUUAGUUGGCAUUCUUAUCAGAGUCAAACCUGGGACAUAUGACUUGCUUAGGCUCCGUGCCCACAGGGAACUUUUCUUUAUGGCUCUGUUUCUUGUUUUUCAAUUUUAGUAUGUGGCGUUGCGUGUUCCCCACAGUGCUCAGAGCGUCAAGCUGAUGUACUAAAUAUUUCCACUUUCAGCAAAACAGGAUCAUGCUCCAGGCAGUCGGCUGUGGUGUCACAACAAUAUGAGGGACCACCACUAAUGCUUCUCACACAAACAUCUGUAUAUCUCCCCUAGCUAAAUCUGAGCUUCCAUGUUGGCAUAGGCUCCUAAGUCACAAGUUUCGCCUCAGUGCAGUCAGAUGUGGAUCGCUUGUUUCACCACUUUAACACUAUAUGAUGUUGAUAUAUUGUUCUGUUGAAGUCUGAACAUUCCCAUUCACCUCACACAUUUCAGUAUGUCAAUGGUUUUGGUUGGGAUAUGGGAAAAGAACAUGGGUGAAACCCAAACAUCUUUUACUGGCCUCGGUGUGGGCACCACUAUGGCCCACACCACCAGAUAAAGUGAGACUUGGUGUUAGUGUUGUGAUGUUGCAGAGAAUCAGACCUGUGGUCUUGUCUGAUAGACUGUAGUGGAUAUGCUACUGUGUGCGUGCUCUGUGAUUCUGUGGAACAGUAGAAUCUGUUGCACCACACCUUAAACAUGCUAUCCAAUAUUCUGUGCAUGUCUUCCUCUAAUCCACAGGGUUCCUAUGCAGGUCUACAUGUAAUACAAUAGAUCAAAUCAUCCCCAGGCCUUGAAGAGUUUCAGAACUGUGCAAAUUAGUUGAGAAAAUAAUGCAAAAGUUGCAUGGGACAUGUAUGACUUUGGGUUUUAUGUAGCUGUAGACCCAAUGUCAUAUACACGUAUUGUGAUGCUUAUUGUUUUGAAGAGUAAUCUUCAUCAAAAGAUUAAACCAAUGCCAAGUUGAUCCAAAUCUAGAGAGUUUGGAAAAAUAAUGAACUUUUGAACAGUAAAGAUGUGUAGGAACCCUGCUCUCAGGAGGAGUUAAGAAUUAAGAUUCAAGGAGUCCUGGUGACUUUCAUUUCACAUGGGGUCAGCAGUGUAACGGAGACAGAUUAAUCAGAAAUGCUCGGCUCAAAUGGUGCUUACUUUCCCUUCAUUGAACUGAUGCUGACAAAGACACAUGCACAUAAACAAGUAAACGUAUCCUUGCUGCUGCUUUAACAUUACUACUGUAUAAUACAUUAUAUUGGCCUUUUGUAUACUGUACCGAAAACAGCCUGCACUCGGUUACAAGUAUUCUGAGAGACCCAUGUCGUCCUAAGAUGUCAGCUGAGAGUGAAAGGGUUUUUCUGAUGCCAGAUUGUGUCUUCACAGUUGAAAAGAAGUCCCUAUGAUAGGUUCAGACUGAGACUCGGCAUAGAUACACAGCAACAGGGAUAAGCACAGAGAUAUAAAUGUGCACAAAUGGGAAGCACAUUGAUUCAGCGUUCUUACAUUUCUAUCAGCGUAGAUAUUUUAAGACUAAGGAUCAGUAACUCUGUUUUGUUAAGAGGCAAUAAGACGUGGUUAUCAUGCCAUGGUAGCAUAGCUUGUUUAUAUCUAUGCGGUUUCAAAAAACCCCAAAGCCCUUCUAUUGUCAAACACAGACACUGCUGACCCCACCCGUCCUUGCGAUGGUCCCUUCCAUUGGUCGGACCAAGCCAUGCCGUCCUACUAUAGCUGUGUCGCUGUCAUCGAAAAGAAGAAAAUACUCAUACAUUAGAAGAGCAACAUAAACAGCAAUGAAGUAUGACUUUAACAUGUAUUACCCUGGCAUGUCCAAGAUAUCCUGCCCUGAAGGAAGAGCUUCUGACAGGUUGCCAUGUUGCUUGUUCGCUAAGCCCUUUCUCACACAACCCUCCAUACUCUCUCAAAGAAGUGCAAUUGUACAUUUUUCUUUUAACUUUAAAAAAAAAAGUAUUGUUUUAACAGUACCCUCGGAUAACUCUUUAAGGACGUAGCUGAAAACAAAGGAGCUGCUAAAUUGUCAGUCUCCCGCAGAUUAUAUAGUAUGUGGUCUAGUAGCUUUGACUGGCCUUGACCCACAUAUAUAAUCGUCAAGAGUCUUGAUAGCUGAACCUAAAGAGUGUCGUUCCAAAAUUGGCUACGAUUUGGAAAAAAUGGGGACCCUGCAUUUAAAAAUAUAACUCAGCAUAUAUACACUCAAAGAUUGGCUGCUGACUUGGAUUCAUGUUUGACAAAAUAACACACAUACAGACUGAAUGCUGUGGUUUCCCCACAUCUACACAGCGCCUUGGAAAUGCUCUGUAAAGCCACCUUCUGUUUUGAGCAACUGUUGCUUUCAUGCUGUAGUUGCAUAAUACCACAGAGACAAGUACCGACUGACAUGGAAAUAGCUGCGUGGCUGAUGUAUAGGGAACUGGAGUGCCAUAAUAACUAUGGGACCUGUUCUGUAUCUCAGACAACACCGCAUCUAAUCUGUAAAUGUGGUCUGAAAAUGUAGACAAAGUCGUCCUUAAUGGGUCAAGAGGGUUAUGUAAGAUGUUUGUGACAUUGAAGUCAAAUUAGAACUAACGUUAACUGCACAUAUACACUACUCCUACUACUCGUACACGAUUGUGCAUGUAUUAAGAUGUCACGCGAAGAUGACAUCGCAUAUAGUGGAGUUGAAAAUUGCCUUUCACCAAACUGGUACAACAAAGAAAAAAAUAAUCACAUUUAUUUUCAAUAUCUGCUAAGGAUUUGAGCUACCUUAUUACAAUACAUAGUAUUUUUCUAAGACUGUGAACCAGAACAUAGUACAUGCAGAUGAGUAAAAACUGUCUCUCGCACAAGCUACAAAAGGCAGAUGCAGCUGCAGUGUUUUGUUUUUUUAAUUAUUAUUUUUUUACUAUUAUUUCCCUACUUUUUCAAAGAAUCAAGCAGAGAAUCUGACUGGUAGUAAGAUGUCAGGUUUUCUGACCCAGCAGUGCCUUGGCUAUGGCGAAGAAAAGCAGAGAUUCAAGCUGUGUUCAGAGCUCCAUCCCUCCCCUGUCACAGGGGCUGCGGAGGGAGGUCUAGGUUGCAGAAUGGAAAACCAUGCCGAAAAACAGUGUUGGUGAAAGGAAUCCGUGGAAUUGUUCUUUAGAAGCGAUCUGCUGUACUGAAGCCAGAGGGUAAAGUAGGCGAGGUCACACAGGCGAGGCUGCCGGAGGGCUCGGGAUGAUUCAGAUGACAAAAGAAUAAUGAACCAAAAUACUUAUUGGGUGUUAGGACUGGGUAUCCUCAGAAAAUUUUCCAAAAACAAUCCUUUUUGCCUAAUAAGCACAUUUCAUAAAAUGAUAGAUUACUUGAUGUAAUAUGUCGUACUUAUUUUUUAAUGGAAGAAGUUUUUAAGUUGAACACAAAUGUCAAUUCUCAUUGUCAGAAGCUACUAUUUUGAGGGGUUUUGAUCCUUUUUGAUAGCGUUUGACAUGCAAAUUUCUACAAUAAUAUCAAAAAUAAUUUCCAUAGGGCAUCCGGGUGGCGUAGCGGUCUAUUCCGUUGCCUGCCGACACGGAGAUCGCCGGAUCGAAUCCCCGUGUUACCCCUAGCUUGGUCGGGCGGCCCUACAGACACAAUUGGCCGUGUCUGCAGGUGAGAAGCCGGAUGUGGGUAUGUGUCCUGAUCGCUGCACUAGCGCCUCCUCUGGUCAGUUGGGGCACCUGUUCGGGGGGGGGGGGGACUAGGGGGAAUAGCAUGUUCCUCCCAUGCGCUACGUCCCCCCUGGUGAAACUCCUCACUGUCAGGUGAAAGGAAGCAGCUGGCGACUCCACAUGUAUCGGAGGAGGCAUGUGGUAGUCUGCAGCCCUCCCCGGAUCAGCAGAGGGGGUGGAGCAGCGACCGGGAUGGCUAGGAAGAGUAAGUAGGGUAAUUGGCUGAAUACAAUUGGGGAGAAAGAGGGGGGUUCAAAAAUAAUAAUAAUUUGCAUACCGGUAGGCACUAUUUUUGGAUACCAGUCAAAGUAUGGGAAUGUUCUUUAAUCAUCCGGGUUUGGAGGACGAUGUGAAGUAUGAUUUGAGUUUUUGACUAAAGUCGGGUGAGUACUUGAAGACCACCCAGAGAGCCCUCCCUAAGUUUCUGCCUGCUCUCGGACUAGUCUGCUCUCUGGCUGUGCAGACUAAGCACCCUGUCGUCUUCAUCCUGUAUGUGGAUGCUGUGGUUUUCUAGCUGAGGUUAUAGGACAAAAACAAAGUUUGGUGUUCAUUAAGAGUUCAUGAAAAUGUGACGUUCUUAUACUGUGAUCUGAUAAUACGGUAUGAGAGUACUUUUACUUUUGAACUUUUCUAGAAGAUUGCUCAAUGCUCAGUCCACUGCUCAAAAGGGCCAAAAAAAAAAAUCUGGAAUGUAUGCACUUUUUAAUGAAACGGAUAUUUUUCAGUAAUGGUAUUUUUAUGCUCGUAAUGGAGAAGGGUGGUUGGAAAUGGAUUUUUAACCAACCCAAAUAUUUCUCAGGCCUCAGGGCACCGGGGAUGCUAAUUGUUUGGUCUAUUCCGUCCUGCAGAAUUUAAAAGGGAAUCACAAGCUCCCGACUCACCUCGGUCCCCACAGAAAGUAAGUUAUUUGCACAGGUAUACUUACAUGUUGUAUUCCCAUACCUGAGAUGGCAGAUUCGCCCUAUCAAACUCCAGUCUCGUAGCAGAAGAUGGGGGUGAAAUUGUGGUUAAUGUUUUCUAUCUAGUCCUAUAUUACCGUCGCCCCGCACGGCCUAAUAGAAAAAAAAGGGACAUUGAAAUUCGUCUGGAGGAGCGGUAUUGAUUCGAGUUAGGUGUCUGAUGUCAUGAUGGCAGAAUUAGAUCUGGAGAAAAACAAAAACAAGGGCUCGCUCGUUUCUUCUCCCUUAUCUGUAAGCCAUCGAAAAUUUACGUUCAAAAUUUCUUACGUUUCUGUUGUGUUGGACGAAGAGGGGGGAAAAACUGCAAUUGUGCCAAAAAGGCUCCUUGUUGUGUUUUGAGGGCAAUGUUCAGGGGAAGUGAGUGAAAUUGAAUUGCAUUUGCACAAAACUACUGUAACUUUUGUUUUUUCCUGUGACUGAUGCUUUUAUAAUCUAACUGUUGUAUUUAUUGCACCAAGUAAUCCAUUAAAUAUUUAUAUGGUA